UUGUAUUUUUUUCCUUUUUUUUUGUAUUUUUUCCAUUUCUGUGUUUUUUUUGGGUUUUUUUCUUGUCGUUUUGUAAUUUUUUCUUUUUUAUACAAUUAAUACAAGUCUGUAAAAAUAUUUACAACCUCGGCUGGAGCCGGAUUGGGGCGGGGGGGGGACAAAAAAAAAGGGGGAAAAAGGGGGAGAAGUUUCCAGAAUAAAUUCCCGAUCUGGGAAUUUCCCCCCCCCCUUGGGCAGAGCUUCCUCCUCCUCCUCAUCCUCGACAGAAAAUUCCUGAGGUUCUCAGGGAAAAAAAUUGGGAAUUCAUUGAGGAAUUCCAGGAUUUUUUUUUUUUUUUCCACCUCCAGCCCUAAAAAAAACCCCGAAAUUCUCCAAAAAAAAAAAAAAAUUAAUAAAAAUAAUAAAAAUAAAAAUAAUUCCAACAAAAAAACGAGCCCCGGGGAGGCGGCGGGGGAGGGGAUUUUGGGGGAGAAUUCCGGAAUUCCGUGAUUUUGUUUUUUUGGGAAUAUGUUAAUGUGGAAUUGCUGGGGAGGAGGAGGAGGAAGAGGAGGAGGAGGAGGAGGAGGAGGAGGAAGGUUGGGAUGGGACCGUCAGCCCCUCCCCCCACACCGGGAGCUCCGGGAAUUCUGACAAAGUGCAAAGUUCCCCUCCCCCAACCCCCCCCCUCCCCCCCCACCCAAAAUCCGGAGCUGCCCCGGCCGGGAUCAGCUGCUGGGACCAGCCCUGGGAUCUGGGAUCGACCCUGGGAUCUGGGAUCGACCCUGGGAUCUGGGAUCGACCCUGGGAUCUGGGAUCGGAGCUGGGAUCGACCCUGGGAUCUGGGAUCGACCCUGGGGCUGGGAUCGGAGCUGGGAUCUGGGAUCGACCCUGGGAUCAGCCCUGGGAUCUGGGAUCGGAGCUGGGAUCUGGGAUCAGCCCUGGGAUCUGGGAUCGACCCUGGGGCUGGGAUCGGAGAUGGGAUCUGGGAUCGACCCUGGGAUCAGCCCUGGGAUCAGCCCUGGGAUCUGGGAUCGGAGCUGGGAUCGACCCUGGGAUCUGGGAUCGGAGCUGGGAUCUGGGAUCGACCCUGGGGCUGGGAUCGACCCUGGGAUCUGGGAUCGGAGCUGGGAUCGACCCUGGGGCUGGGAUCGACCCUGGGGCUGGGAUCAGCCCUGGGAUCUGGGAUCGGAGCUGGGAUCGACCCUGGGAUCUGGGAUCGACCCUGGGAUCUGGGAUCAACCCUGGGAUCUGGGAUCGGAGCUGGGAUCGACCCUGGGAUCUGGGAUCGGAGCUGGGAUCGACCUUGGGAUCUGGGAUCGGAGCUGGGAUCUGGGAUCGACCCUGGGAUCUGGGAUCGACCCUGGGAUCUGGGAUCGGAGCUGGGAUCGACCCUGGGAUCUGGGAUCGACCCUGGGGCUGGGAUCGGAGAUGGGAUCUGGGAUCGACCCUGGGAUCAGCCCUGGGAUCUGGGAUCGGAGCUGGGAUCUGGGAUCAGCCCUGGGAUCUGGGAUCGACCCUGGGGCUGGGAUCGGAGAUGGGAUCUGGGAUCGACCCUGGGAUCAGCCCUGGGAUCAGCCCUGGGAUCUGGGAUCGGAGCUGGGAUCGACCCUGGGAUCUGGGAUCGGAGCUGGGAUCUGGGAUCGACCCUGGGAUCAGCCCUGGGAUCAACCCUGGGAUCAGCCCUGGGAUCAGCCCUGGGAUCUGGGAUCGGAGCUGGGAUCUGGGAUCAGCCCUGGGGCUGGGAUCGACCCUGGGAACAGCCCUGGGAUCUGGGAUCAACUCCAGGAUCAGCCCUGGAGCUGGGAUCUGCUCUGGGAUCGACCCUGGGGCUGGGAUCAGUCCUGGGAUCAGCCCUGGAGCUGGGAUCGACCCCGGGAACAGCCCUGGGAUCCAGGAUCAGCCCCACAAUCAGCCUUGGGAUCUGGGAUCAGCCCCGGGAUCAACCCCAGGAUCCGGGAUCAGGAUCAGGAUCAGUCCCAAGCUCCGGGAUCAGCCCCAGGCUCCAGGAUCAGGAUCGGGAUCAGUCUCAAGCUCCGGGAUCAGCCCCAGGAUAAUUCCCAGGAUCUGGGAUCAGCCCCAGGAUCCGGGAUCAGGAUCAGGAUCUGGAUCACCCCGGGGGGCGGGGCCGGGCCGGGCUGUCCCCGUGUCCCCGCGGGGGAGGGCGGGGGGUGAUCCAGUGGAUCCCACGUUAAUCCAGCAGGGA